AGGGAGCAAGGAAAGAAGCCUGGUUAGAGGCAACUGAAAAUUGUUUUGAUUCUUGCAAAUUAGUUUUGAUGAGUCGAUUGGGGUUCAAAUCUGUGUUUUUUCUCGGUGAAUUGAGAUUGGGAGAGUUGGAUGUUAUCCCUGUUUCAGACCAGAAUUUCCACCUCCCAAACGAGAUACGCAUCCACCACUUAUCGCCGAGGAGUGAGCGAUGUCAUCCUCUUUCAGUUCUCCAAACUAUUUCUGCAUUCUCAGUUCGAUGCAAGCUCGAGUCAUCACUACCUGUUGAACAGCCCGAUUUGAUCAAUCUUCAUGCUUCUUGCUUUUAUGAAUUGCAGACGGCAGUGACAUUGGUUGGGGAUGAAGAAGUUCACUUGGUGGCCAUGCCCAGUAGGAGGAAAAAGUUCCCGUGCUUCUGGUGCUACUCUGUUCCUGCGGGUCUAUACGCUGCAUGCUUAAGGAUGCUAAACCUGCGGUGCCUUGCGAUUGUGUUUGAUUUGGACGAAACCCUUAUUGUUGCUAACACCAUGAAAUCAUUUGAAGAUAGAAUUGAGACUCUGCGAGGUUGGCUGGCCUGUGAGACUGAUCCCCUGCGAAUUUCAGGGAUGUCAACUGAACUUAAACGUUACAUGGACGACCGUAAGCUAUUGAAGCAGUACGCAGAAAAUGACUGCGUUGUCGAUAAUGGCAAGAUUUUCAAGGUUCAAUGGGAGGAGGUCCCACAAUUGUCUGAUAGCCAUGGGAAAGUUGUUCGUCCUGUCAUUAGAUUGCAAGAAAGGGAUAUCAUUCUCACUCGCAUCAAUCCCGAGAUUUGCGAUACCAGCGUGCUUGUGAGGUUACGACCUGCCUGGGAGGAUUUAAAAUCCUAUUUAACAGCAAAUGGACGCAAGAGAUUUGAAGUAUAUGUCUGUACCAUGGCUGAAAGGGAUUAUGCCUUGGAAAUGUGGAGGCUUCUUGACCCUGAAGCACAUCUUAUAAAUUCAAAGCAACUUCUUGAUCGUGUGAUUUGUGUCAAGUCAGGCUCCAGAAAAUCUUUGCAGGAUGUCUUCCAGAAUAGUAUGGGCCAUCCAAGAAUGGCAAUGGUGAUAGAUGACCGGUCAAAGGUUUGGGAAGACAGGGACCAGCCCAGGGUUCAUGUAGUUCCCGCAUUUACUCCUUAUUAUGCACCUCUGGCAGAGAGAGCCAAUACUGUUCCAGUCCUAUGUGUAGCAAGAAAUGUUGCAUGCAAUGUCAGAGGCUAUUUCUUCAAAGAAUUUGAUGAGAAGCUGUUACAGAGAAUUGCUGAAGUGUUCUAUGAAGAUGAUGUUGAAACUUUACCGCACCCUGUGGAUGUGAGCAACUACUUGAUGGCUGAGGAGGCUGGUUUUGUGCCAAACAAUAGUUGUGUUGGUCCCAUUAGUGAAGGAAUAUAUGCAGCAGAAGUUGAACGCAGGUUAAAGGAGUAUGAUGAAAGGGCUUCUGUUGGCUCAGAUACUGGGUCUAAGGCCAAAAAUGUUAUGUCCAACGCUGAAAGAUCUGGACCAACUGCUGGAGUUAUUUCGAAUACUAUUUUCCCUGGAUCUUCAAGAAACCUGUCUCCUUCUUUGAAGCCUGGAUUACUUGGACCUCCAGUCAGGCAUGAUGGGUUCUCUGUCGAUUGUGAUAAUGACAUGAAAAGAGGACUUUUGACCCUGAGGCGUGACCUGAAUACAAAAAAUCAAUGCUCUGGUGAAUCUCCCCUCAUUUCAAGGCCACUCAAUGAAGCACUGCCAUCACCAAUGCAGCCAAAAACAGGACUUGGGGAGGACCAUAUGUGUAGAAGAGGUCAAGGAAAUGAUCCUCCUUUUGUGUCUGUUAAAGAAUCUAAAAUAGCCAAGUCUGACGAGUAUCAAGCUCAAGAGAAGUUCUUUUCUCCUACUCUGCCAGAUGCUAAUUUGCCCUCACAAUCAUCACUAAGAAAUGGAGAGCCAAGUUCUGUACGUGAUUCACAGAGACAUAAUCUUCUUCAAUCUCCUUGUCAGCCAGCAGGGGAUGCUGCAUGUCAGAAUCAUUUAUCUUCUAAUGGCAAAGAAAUUCAAAGUGAAGCUGGAAGGUUGAACUUCUUACCUUCUCUAUCUAUAAGAGUGCUACAAGAAAUUGGAAGGCAUUGUAGCUCUAAGGUUGAAUUUAGAUCCAUUGUUAGCACCAGCAAAGACUGGCAGUUUUCAGUAGAGGUACUUUUCACUGGUGAAAAAAUAGGUUUCGGAAUGGGUAGGACAAAGAUGGAUGCCCAACAGCAGGCAGCUGAGAAUGCCCUCCACAGAUUAGCAGAGAAAUAUGUGGCACAUAUGAAGCCUCGAUGUGAAGGUGUUGGCCAAGAAUUUGACAAGCUCUCUCUUAAUCAUGAAAAUGGUUUCCUGUGGGAGGCAGUCGAUCUUGAAUCCAGUGAACUGGAAAGAGCAAACACAUUGUCUAGAGAAAGUACUUCUAAGACUUUAGACGUUGAAGCUAGUCUCUCUUCACCCAUUGCAAGUAAUCAGCAAUUGAAAGAGCAUGCCAGCUCCUGAAGGUAAUUUAGGACAGAAGGUUGAUCGUUACUACCUUCAUCUGUUUUGGUGUACAGUUGUUCUCAUUAGUAGAAAGAUAUGAAUGUGCGAGCGUGGGUGUGUGGUUAUGUAUGUAUGUAUCUACGUAUGUUCAAGCUCAAUGAAAAUCAUCAAAUGUGGUUCCCUUUUUUUUGGGGGGGAUAAGGAAUGAAAAUAUAAUUCUUACAUCUAA